UAAACACCUGGAACCCUGUUCUGCUGAAAGUCGUGCUUUUCUAAAGGAAUUAUUUCGAAGGGCAGCGAUCUACAGGCUGAAGCCCAACAGAGCAAGGUAAUGAGGGAUCGCACCUGAAGAUGGAGCUUUUCUGGAUUUUAUUAUUUUCUGUAUUCCAUCGCUACGUGCAAACGCAAGGAGUUUACGCUCCUGCGAACGCUCAGAUUGUGCAUUCUGGGCAGACAUGUGUGGUGAAGGAGGACAACAUCAGUGAAAGGAUCUACACCAUCAGAGAGGGGGACACGUUAGUUCUGCAGUGUCUGGUCAAAGGACACCCGCGGCCUCAGGUGCGGUGGACAAAGACAGCAGGCAGCGCUUCCGACAAGUUCCAGGAGACGUCCAUCUUCAAUGAGACUCUACGGAUCCCCAACAUCCAGAGAGUGCAGGGCGGCCGCUACUACUGCAAAGCUGAGAACGGGGUGGGGGUGGCUGCCAUCAAGUCCAUUCGCGUAGAUGUGCAGUAUCUGGAUAAACCUGUGCUCACGGUGCACCAGACGGUGGGUGAUGUACGAGGGAACUACUAUCAGGAGAAAACAGUGUUUUUACGCUGUACGGUAAACUCCAACCCUCCCGCUCGCUUUAUCUGGAAACGAGGAAAUAAACCAAUCGAACAGAGCAAAGACAACGGCGUGGACAUUUAUGAGCCUCUGUACACACAGGGUGAGACAAAGGUGCUGAAACUGAAAAACCUCCGUCCACAGGACUUUGCUAAUUACACCUGUCAGGUGUCCGUCCGGAACGUUUGUGAUAUUUCAGACAGCUCUGUCACCUUUCGCCUUACCAACACCACCA